AUGAAGCUCGCCAUCGUCACCUUGCUCCUCGUCGCCGCAAGCACGAUCGCGGCCCCGGCCGACACGAAGCCCGCUCAGCUGGAGGACCGCGCCAACACCAUCGGCGAUGAGCACGCGCUGGCCGCGCGCGAGCCGGUUUGCUACUACGCCAGUAGCUGCAGCUGGUGGGGAGACUGCAAGAAGUGGUGCCGCAACGCCCACGGCCGUAAAUUCGACUUUAUGAGCUCGUGGAAGUGCCCGUGGACCCAGAAGCGCUGCUGCUGUGGUGGCGGCCGCUUGUAG